AGUCCAGAAUCAAAGUCCAAUGAGGAAUUCUUUCACAGAGGACAGUUGGCUGAAGAUUGAUGGUGUAAGAUUUGCUUUUCCGGUGGUGUCGAUGUCCCAAAUUGAAGCAGGCAUGCAGAGAUUGAAUUAGCUCUGUAGGUGAUAGUACAAAAUCUUCCCAGCAAAGUCAACUUAGACGGGGGCCAGUUGUCCAACUUGGCCAGAGCUUUCUUCUGUCUGGCCAGCCAAUCGAAUGUUAAAGCAGCAAACUAGGGUCAGCUUCAGAAAGUCAUUGCUCCUCUAUACGUUUAGCCAUGGCUUUUGAUGGAGUUUGGAAGGUGUUCGAAAAUGAUAAUUUUGAAGCGUUCCUCAUUGCCUUGGGUCUACCUGAAGCAGAGAGGAAGAUGGUAAUGAAGGACAACCUGGAAAUGGACAUAAAGCAGGAAGGAAACAAAUUCACUAUAGUUGAGAAAAGUUGCUUUUGUACCAAAACAUCGGAAUGGUCUUUGAAUGAAGAGUUUGAAAAUUCUCUUGCUAAUGGGAGUCAGGUGAAGGGAAAGUUUAGCUUGACCAAUGCAAACCGCUUAGAGGGACACUUUAAGAUACUUCCUGACGGAAAGGAAUUUAUCACCAUCAGAGAAGCUCACGGUGAUACGUUGGUGCAGAUAAUUAAGAUUGAUGGACAGGACACCAAGAGAGUCUUCAAGAAACAGUAAAUUGAGCUCACAUUGGACAUCCUCCAAGAUCCAAGAAGAUUUAGUUUCACAUCCUAAUUGGUUCGUAUCAAUUCUAAAUGUAACACAGAAGCAAUACUUCAUAUUUGAGCUGAUUAAAAACAAUGUCUCUUGAUACAAA